UCCCUCCCCACUCCUCCCCCAGCGACAAUCACACUACCAUUCGCGACUUGAGGUGGCUGGAAGGAAGAAAUGGGAAAACUCGAAGAAUUCGAAAUUUCUUUUACGGACAAUAAAGUGGUUUACAGCCCAGGGGACUCAAUCACAGGAACCGUGAAAAUAACAAACGCCGAAGCUCUACAGUGUAAAGCCAUCAAGGUGAACUGCCAUGGCUACUGUGGAGUGAGCACCAAAUUAAAUGAUACAUCGUGGGCCGCUGAAGAGCAAUAUUUCAACAGCACUAUCUCGGUGGCUGACAAAGGCACUUUGAAGAAGGGCCCUCAUACCUUUCCAUUCAAGUUUCUCAUACCAGCCACCGCUCCUACAUCCUAUGAAGGACCUUAUGGCAAGAUUAUAUUUGAAAUUCGAGCCUUUGUUGACACACCUCGCUUUUCAAAAGACUACAAGGCGGAGAAGCCUUUCUUCAUCCUGAAGCCCCUAGACCUCAAUGAUGUGCCUGAUAUUCAGGAUAUUAGCUCCUCCACUGUCACUAAGGACUUCACCUACAUGCUCGUGAAAAAUGGCACCAUUGUGUUGAAGGCGACCAGUGACAUGCGAGGGUACAAACCUGGCCAGAUCAUUAAGCUAGAAACAGAGAUCGAGAACAGGUCGGGGAAAUCCACAAGCACAGUGGUAGCCAGCCUCAUACAGAAAGUGACAUAUAAGACCAAGAGGCCCAUUCACGACUUGAGAACCAUUGCAGAAGUGGAAGGCUCGGGUGUGAAGGCCAACAAAGAGGCCAAGUGGAAAGAGCAGAUCAUUGUGCCCCCUCUUCCUCAGUCCCCUCUACAAGGCUGUGAAAUCAUCAACAUUGACUAUUACAUCCAGGUCUCGUUGAAAUCCCCUGACGUAUUAGUGACUCUUCCCAUCUUCAUUGGCAACGUCGCUGUGGACACUACCCGUCGCACACCAUCGCGGCCUGUGCCACCGGUGCCCCGGUCAACUCCUCCCACUGUCCCCAAGACAGCCCCCCCGAGACCGGCCCCCAGGCCUCGACCCCGCAGCUGCUACGCUGCUUCCCCCAGCGCCCCUCCGGCUGAGCCAGAGGACCUGCCCCUGGAAUUGGGCACGCCGCAGGCCGAGGAGCUCCCCACCAAGAGCCACUCCCAGCAACAACAGGGGCCUGGUGCCCAGGCCGCAGCCUCGCCCCAUGCCUUCAGUUACGCCCCGGGCCUGUCGUUCCCAACGCAGAUGAGGCAAAAUGCCUCAUCGCCUAUGUUCAGUGUGUCCACGGGGGCCACCAUACCUUUUUACACCGAGAGCAAUGCUACACCUGUACCAACAGCAUGUCCAUUGAUCCUGCCGCCAAGCUAUGGACCCUCAGCAUAUCCACAUGAGCCUCCUCCCUCUUAUGAUGACAGCUGCAACAAUACCUGAAAUCAAGACUAAGGGAGCAAUGGAAGAUUGUGGGGAAAAGCACCUUUGCUUUAUACUGUCUGAACACUGGAAUCUUUCAGCCUCUUUGUAGGUCUACAAUAACCAACCAAUGUCUCUCACUGAGGCUAAACCAUCAUCUCAGUAGUACUCACCAAAAACAUUGAAAUACGCUGAUUUAGUAGACUUUAUCUCUUCCGGACUGCGAGCACUGUGUACAAGAAGCUCAGAAUGCCAUUUGUUUUGCCUUUCAUGCACUGGAAUGUUGAUCCAAUUUGUUCAGGAAUAAACUUUGUGUGUGUUUGUGAUGUU